ACUUGGCAGGAGCAAGAUGAUGGACACGGAAGCGACGGUCGACUUUUUCUCGCUGCACAGCCGCAAGAAGCGCGAUGUGGACGUCGAGAUGCUCGACUAUGACUACGUCGAGAAGUGCACGGACGCGGACUUGCUCAAGAACAUCCUCGCCGUGCUGCAGUCGGGCAAAGAGGGCAAGUACCCGCAGCUCGAACGCGCGACCGAAGCCCAACUGCUCAAAGUCCUCCCGAAAGCCGAGCGUGACCGCAUCGAACGACUCCAGUCUCAGCCGUCCUAUUCGGACAUCGACUCGGAGAAGGCGGCGCUUGCGUCGUGGGAGCGCGACAUGGAGCGCAAGCUGCAGCGGCUCGACGACGAAGCCCAGCGCGUUUCUGCACCACGGAAUCGUCCGGCGGUGCGCGGUCGAGCGCAGCCAACAGACGCGUCACCGUCGCCGCUGAUCCAAGAGGUGACAACCUCGAAGGCCAAGAAGCAGGCGAUUCCUGCGUACGACUGGCAGUCGUGGGAAAAAUAUGAUGUCGAAGCCGCCGAGCGCGAGCUGGAUGCGGAGGAGCAACGCAAGCAAGACGACGCACGCCGACAGCGCGACGAACUUCAAGCGCGAACCGCGCGCCGCAUGAAGGAGGCGCAAAUGCCACUCUCGGUCGACCUUGACGUCCUCACGCUGACCGAGCGCGAGGUAUACGCGCUCCAUGAAAAGACCAAGGGCAACGAGUGCUUCAAGCUCGGCGAGAACGACGAAGCGAUCUUGUAUUACUCGCGGAGUCUUGCGUACGACCCGACCAGUGCGAUCGUGCAUGCCAACCGCGCGCUCACGCACCUCCGCCUCAAGAACUUCGCCAGCGCCGAGGAUGACUGCAGCAGCGCCAUCCAGCUGGACCCAACGUACACGAAAGCGUGGUCGCGUCGGGGUAUGACGCGCUUCCGCCGUGGCAAGUACGCCGACGCCGUCAGCGAUUUUACGCAGGCGCUAAGUCUCGAGCCAAGCAACCGCGAAGUUGAAAAGCUGUUGAAAAAGACAGAGGAAAAGUGGCUCGAAGUGGAUGGGACGCGCGGCGGGACGCUCGUGCCCGAAGCACCCCCGAUGGCGCCAGCAACGACGACCUUUAAGCGGUUCGAAAUCAUCGAAGAAGACGAAGACGACGCCGAGGCCGUGCAAUCGGCACCGACGACGUCGCAGCCGUUCAAGCGCUUCGAGAUCAUUGAAGACGACGAUGAUGAAGAUGACGAUGAUGAUGAAGAUGAUGAAGAUGACGGCAAGGUUCACGGGAUCAAGCCAAGAGACGUGCCACGUUUCGAAGUGCUAGAAGACUAGGCGCGCAUUGGGGUGUAUUGGCAAAGACUUGUGUAUAUAGCAGUAUGCAUAUCUUAUCGUCUCGCG